CCACCAUCACGUUAACCUCAAUGAAAACACAUCACCUCUAGCUAAAGGGCUAGUUUACACCUCUCCGCCGCAAAAACAGCUGACAGCACGACACCCGCAGCAGGUUGCUUCGACUAGUGCAUGAACUGGGAUGUCUGCAGCCGACUGGUACGCUCACAAAUCGCUCGGAGACGGACUAUUCUGGAUCCAGGAGCGAUUCUACCAGUCAGACAACCGGGCCAACAUCUGGCUGCUCCGGGGCUCGCACCAGGACGUGGUGAUAGACACUGGUCUGGGCUUGAGGAGCUUACCUGAAUACAUCGACGGCAAGGGGCUGCUGGGCAAAGAUCCGCAGAGGAAGAACCCGCUGCUGGCCAUCGCCACCCACGCCCACUUCGACCACUCGGGCGGUCUGCAUCAGUUCCAACAGGUGGGCGUCCACAGCGCCGAGGUCGAUGCUUUGGCCAACGGGGACAACUUCGAGACGGUCACCUGGCUCAGCGACCGGGAGAUAGUCGAGGCUCCCAGUCCAGGAUGGAGGGCAAGGCACUACAAAGUCAAGGCUGUGCAGCCCACGCACAUACUGCAGGAAGGUGAUGUCAUCAACCUGGGUGACAGACAGCUGACGGUGCUCCACAUGCCCGGUCACUCUCGCGGCAGCAUCUGCCUCCAUGACCAUGACAAUAAGUUGCUUUUCAGUGGAGAUGUAGUGUAUGAUGGCUCCAUGAUUGACUGGCUGCCCUAUAGCCACGUCAGUGACUACAUCAGCAGCUGUGAACGCCUGGUGGGGCUGGUGGACAGCGAACAGGUUGACCAAGUCCUCCCAGGACACUACAACACAUUUGGUGCGAAGCGGCUUCAUCGGAUUGCAUCCUCAUAUAUCAGCAGAGCUGGAACAUGCCCUGCAAAGUUCUCCACAUUUGCCUGGAGUACUCUGGCUGGGGUGGCUCUGCGGGCAUGUAAUCCACGGAGCGCCUGCUAAUGAGAGGGGAUCAUGGAGUUGGAGGAAGCACAAGUGCACAAAGAAAAUGUUUAAACAUGGAGGACAUGAAAGAGGAUGAAGAGAGGAGAGGAGGGGAGACGCCCCUCAUUUAUCUGUAACUUGAUGUAACAUUGUUCAUUUACUUAUGUAAUCCAACAAAAAUCAUAUAAUUGCCAAACUUUGUGUAAAAUUCCCCUAUUGGGUUACAUAAGUCAAUAAUCAGCAUCAUAUGAAGCAUAUAAUAUAAAGUAUUUAUUAUUGUGAUUCUGUUCUAUACUGAUCAAUAUGUAUUUGUUGGGUUGAAUGAUUAUAUGUAUGUUUUUUUAUACUUUAAGCAGUUGUUACAAUAGCACAACAAUGGUACAACUCUGCACCGCAGACAGAAAGCAGGGACCUUUAGGUUCUCCUGAGACAUUUGAAUCAGUCAAUAUGGCCAUGGUAUUUCUCUAUGCAUUUUACAAUGCUCAGUGAAGACUUAGUGUCGACUACCUCCAAUGUUUGUAACAGUGCUUUGUACUAUUGACAAAUCUGAGGCUUUGCUAUCAAACAUUGACAAUAAAGCAUCUGAUCUA